GCACGGAGCCGAGAGGAAGCAUGCCCAGAUACACCGUGCACGUGCGAGGAGAAUGGCUGGCAGUGCCCUGCCAGAACUGCACCAACACCGUGGGCUGGCUGGGCAGGGAGGCCGUGAGACGAUACAUGAAGAACAAACCUGACAACGGGGGCUUUUCCUCGCUGGAAGAGGUGAAAUUCUACGUGCGGAGGUGCAAGGGGCUCGGCUUGCUGGACCUCGAUGACGCAGUGGAGGACGCGCUGGAGGACAACGAGUUUGUGGAAGUGGUUAUAGAAGGAGAUAUAAUGUCCCCCGAUUUCAUACCAUCUCAACCGGAAGGAGUUCAUUUGUAUAGCAAAUACAGAGAACCAGAACAGUAUAUUUCUUUAGAUGGGGACAGUUUAACAACGGAGGACUUGGUGAAUUUAGGGAAGGGACUCUACAAGAUAAAGCUCACACGUGAAGCUGAAGCAAAAGUUAAGCGAUCAAGAGAAGUGAUUGAAAGGAUUGUGAAAGAGCAGACAGUUGUUUAUGGAAUUACCACGGGAUUUGGGAAAUUUGCCCGAACAGUCAUUCCAAAUAGUAAACUUAGGGAGCUCCAAGUGAAUUUAGUCCGCUCACAUUCUGCAGGUGUUGGGAAACCUCUGAGCCCAGACAGAUCUCGCAUGCUCUUGGCACUGAGGAUCAACGUCCUAGCUAAAGGAUACAGUGGGAUAUCCUUGGAAACUCUCCAGCAAGUUAUUGAAGCAUUUAAUGCAUCCUGCCUUCCUUAUAUCCCUGAGAAAGGGACAGUUGGAGCCAGUGGAGACUUGGCCCCCCUCUCUCAUCUUGCUCUGGGAUUGAUUGGAGAGGGAAAGAUGUGGUCUCCAAAGAGUGGUUGGGCUGAUGCUAAAUAUGUCCUGGAAGCCCAUGGUCUGAAACCAAUUACACUGAAACCAAAGGAGGGUCUGGCUCUAAUUAACGGGACACAAAUGAUCACUUCCCUGGGAUGCGAAGCAGUUGAAAGAGCAAGUGCUAUUGCUAGGCAAGCAGACAUAAUUGCUGCCCUCACACUUGAAGUCUUGAAGGGAACAACUAGGGCCUUUGACACAGAUAUCCAUGCAGUGCGUCCACACCGUGGGCAGGCAGAAGUGGCUUUUCGAUUCAGGUCCCUUUUAGAUUCUGACCAUCAUCCAUCAGAAAUAGCAGAGAGCCAUAGAUUUUGUGAUCGCGUUCAGGAUGCCUACACCAUGCGCUGCUGCCCUCAGGUUCACGGAGUGGUAAAUGAUACAAUCGCUUUUGUGAAGGACAUCAUGAUGACUGAAAUCAACAGUGCUACGGACAACCCUAUGGUGUUUGCUCAAAGGGCAGAGACCAUUUCUGGAGGAAAUUUUCACGGUGAAUAUCCUGCAAAGGCUCUGGAUUAUUUGGCAAUUGGAGUGCACGAACUUGCUGCAAUCAGCGAAAGAAGAAUCGAGAGGCUCUGCAACCCGUCGCUCAGCGAGCUGCCUGCGUUUCUGGUGACCGAAGGGGGCCUGAACUCGGGCUUCAUGAUUGCCCACUGCACAGCAGCUGCCCUGGUUUCUGAGAACAAGGCCCUGUGCCACCCCUCCUCCGUGGACUCUCUGUCAACCAGUGCUGCUACAGAGGACCACGUGUCCAUGGGAGGGUGGGCUGCGAGGAAAGCCCUGCGAGUUAUCGAACACGUGGAGCAAGUCCUGGCGAUUGAGCUGCUUGCAGCCUGCCAGGGCAUUGAGUUCCUCCGCCCUCUGAGAACCACCACCCCAUUGGAGAAGGUCUACGACCUUGUGCGCUCCGUGGUGAGGCCUUGGAUGAAGGAUCGCUUCAUGGCCCCGGACAUCGAAGCAGCUCACAGGCUGCUGGUGGAGCAGAAGGUGUGGGAGGUGGCUGAACCUUACAUUGAAAAGUACAGGAAGGAACACAUCCCCGAAUCGAGACCUGUUUCACCAACAGCCUUCACCCUGAGGUCACUGGCAGUGAAUACAUGUGACCACAAUCAUCAAAAUGAACUUUAAUACUUGCUGGCAUCUGACAGGGUAGAUUUUUUCCAAGACCUUGUUUGGGGAUGGCUGUUUUUUGAGAACUCAUCAUGGUUUCUUCUGGGAGCACACAGGAAAGGAACCGCUUCUCUAGCUCUGGAGCACGUAGGGAUCAGUGGAGAAAUGCUUCACCGGUUCCCAACCUGUGAAAGAGAGUGUUGUCACAAUAGCAUGGACAAUCGUGACCAUGAGUGCAACUGAAUUUACUGAGCUUCUAAACACAAAACAUGAUACCAGUUCUAUGAAGACCACUGUUCCAGAACAAAUGUGCUGUACUCUGAUAAUGGACUAGACUUAAUGUGGCUUCCCAAAGGGGCCUGCAGCUUCACACCUGCAAUAAAUAUAGUGAGG